AUGUCUUAAUAACUAUAUGAGGAUCUCAAAAUAAAAGAUUCAAUCUCAACUCAUAAUAAAAACUUACAAGACAUAAAUAAGCAGUUUAAUUAAAUGAUGGAGUUUAGAAAUGAAAAAAUAAUUUCAAAGACAUAAUAAGAGGUAAGUAGUAUCAAUAAUUAGGAAGUUUAAAUUAUGAAUAAGAACAAUAUGUUAAUGUUUUAGAAUUUCUUAAUAGAUUAAAUCAAAUAGUAUGAAUUUUGUUAAGAAAAAUGUAGUCAAUGCCACUAGUUAUGCAAGCAAUUCAAAAAUCAUAUUGAAAUAUCUGAGAAAUUGAAGAAAUAGUUAGAUAAUCAAAUGAAAAGUUUAGAAGAUCAACUAAAGAAUUUGAAAAUAACAAAUGAAGAACAAGAAAAAUAAUAAAGAACAAAAAUAAGUUAAUUAGAUAUAGAAAUUGACAAAGCUCAAAAUAAAUUGGAGCUGUUCAUCAUCUAAAAAGAUGCAAAUGAGAUUAGAGACAAAUAAGCAAAGAUUGCAAUGAUGAAUUAUAAAUUUUAUGAUACAAAAGAUGAAUGUUUAAAGUUAUCCUUGUUUGGAAUUGAUUAAGAUAAUAUAGAAUAACCUUAAACUGAUAUUCAAGUAAUAAUAAUACAACUAAUUCCAGAACUUCAAAGUAAGAAAGAAUCAGAUAUGGAAAUCAUUAAUUAACAAAAAGUUAAAAUACAAGAUUAUGAUAGAGAAUAUCAAAGUAAGGAAUAAUCUCUUAGUUAAAUUAAAAUUACUUAAAAUAAAUACUAAGAAUAAAUAAAGCGACUUGAUGAAUAAUAAGAAGAAAAAAUUGCAAAUUUGGAAAUAAUUCAAUCUCGAAUAAAUGAAAUAGACAUUCCUAACAAUGAAAAUGAUGUAUCAGCAUCAUAAAUUUAUAUUAAAUAAGAAUCUUAAAAAAUUUAGGAAAUUUCAAAAAAAAUCAAAGAAUAAUAGCAAAUAGAAUAAGAAAAAAUUCUAGAAUUUUAGGAAUUAUAAUUAUUGUAAUAAAAAGAUAUAAAUUUGUAUUUUGAUAAGUUAAAUAAAGAGAUAGAAGAAUGUGAAUUAUAAACAAAUUAAUUAGAUGAAAAACAAAUAAAAAAUUGA